UAAUCUCACUCUUAGUGGUCUCUUCAGUUCCAGAGAAAAGGCGAAUCUUUUCUGUUCUCCAGAGUAAAGUCGGAGCAAAUGCAACCCAUUACAAAAGACACUGAAGUAGAAGUGUCUUACGAGGAGGAUGGCGUCAAAGGCGCUUGGUACAGAGCCAUUCUUGAAGACAGCCCAACCAAAUCACAACGCAAGUUGCUCCGAGUCCGUUACAGGACGCUGCUCAAAGAAGACCUUUCGUCUCACCUGACCGAAAUCGUGGAUCAUAGCUUAAUCCGGCCUGUCCCACCUAAGGAUGACGGAGCAGAGGAGUUUGAGGAAGGCUCGGUGGUCGACGCUUAUUACAAAGGUGGUUGGUGGAGUGGUCUGGUUGUUAAAAGGAAAGAGGAGGAUGAUACAUAUCUUGUUUAUUUCGAUUCACCACCAGACAUCAAUCAGUUCGAGCGAAAGCAGCUAAGGGCUCACCUUGACUGGUCCGGUUCCAAAUGGGUCCGACCAGAAAACAAGGAGCUGGGCAAGUCCGAGUUUAGUUCUGGGACCAUGGUUGAGUUGAGAUGGUCAUCCGCUUGGCGUCCGGCAAUGAUCAUUAAAAAGGUGGAGAAUGAGGAGAGAUUCAUUGUCAAGUACUGUGAUGAUACGUCCUUCAGAUGCAGCAAGAGAUCGAGAAUCAGUGUCAUUGAUUCGCGAGAAGUCAGGCCAAGACAGCCUCUUUGUUCUGUUGGAGAGUAUGAGUUGUUGGAUCGUGUUGAGGUGUUUGUUGGUUCUGUAUGGUGUGAAGGUGUGGUGAGAGGGAUUGUCUUCAAGGGACGGUACAUGGUUAGUUUGGGGGAAACAAAGGUGGCCUCUGUGCAAGUCAGUUGCUCUGAUGUUAGGCCUCCAAUGGAGUGGGAAGAUGGGAUCUGGCACAAAAGACCAAAGACAAAAUCCAAAUUCUUUGGCAAGUUUUAUCGUCGUAAGAGGAAACGAGGACAUGUACAACACAAGUCAGACCUCAAUGAUACUGUGCGAACCCCUACUUCUAAUGUGGAGGACACUCAAGCAACGGACACAAUGAGGGUUCUGCCCUUUGCAAAUAAGUCACCGUUGUGGAAGAUUUAUGAAACAAUGGAAGUCUUCAAGAAACUGCCACAACGUCCUCAUUUUAGCCCGUUGAUUGAGUCGACUAGUGAAGAUUUCCGUGAAGGGUCUGCGUUAGGGAUGAUGGCUACCUUUUCUGGAUUAUUAGAGAAACUGAAAGAUAUGGAGGCCGACGUGGCCGUAAGCGAACUAGAUAGCCUCAAAGACACGUUUACCAAGCUAGAGGAGCAUGGGUUUGAUGUUACAAGGCCUUUAUCACGGAUCAACAAGCUGUUGGCUCUCAAGGGUAGGCAACUGAAAAUAUUGGAGGGACGUAGAGGUCUUGACAAAGAGAGGAUGGAUGAAUCUAGCAAAAGGCACAAGGCUGAACUAGAGUUUGGUGAGACCGAGCGCAAGAUGGUUGAGGUUAAACGCAAGAUUCUCGAGCUGCAAAGGCAAGAAGCGGCUCUGAAAGAGAAGAAGGAAGCAGCGGAAGAACAGAAGGAUCAAGCCUGCAGAAAGAUAUGGAAGGUUGAGUCAUGUGCGAGAGAUCUUGGUGUAAAGCUUGAAGAUGUGGAGUUUGAUUUUGAGACAAUUGUGUCUGCUCCUUGGUAAGUUAAACAAAAACAAAAGGUGAAGAAGAGUGAAAUGUGUGUCACUGAAGCUGAUGUGGUAAAGACUUUUUUUUGUAUGUUCACCUGAUGUGGUAAAGACUAGCAAUGUAAAGGUCUCUUGACAAUGUUAUUGAAAUUGUAUUUUGCUUUUUCAUUGUCCUAAGUUUUAACUUGGAAAA